GGAAGAAAAGGAUUAGCCUAAGCCUCCUUCCUUCCUUCUUUGACAGCUCUCUCUUGCCUUAAAGCUAGUUGUUUCCCUUUUCCGCUUUCUCAUUUCCAGAGGAAUAAAAACAGAGCCAGCCAGCCAGCCCACUGCUACUACUACUCUCUCCUCAAGUAACCCUCUUCAUUUUCCUUCUUAGAAACCACUAGGAACCAAGAAAAAUAGUCUCUUUGCCAUGUUCAUACACACAUAAAUAUCUAUACCCUUUUGGUUGUUUUCUCUGUAUUUUUUUGAUUUUGAGUUCUAAAACUUGGGCACCACGAAUAUAUAUCUCUCUCUCUCUCUCUGUUUUUGACGAGCGCAGCAAAAGUUGAAAAGGGUGUAUCCGGAUGAAGGAAAUGAAGAAAGAAAAAAUGGUGCACCAUCUCCACCACCAUAGGUAUAACCAUUGGAGAAAAGGGCAAGAUUUCGAUGAUGAUGAAGAGUCUCAGACUCUUGUUGUGAUGGACUGUGGGAGCUUUGGUUAUUACAAGAGAACAAGGCCUACGCUUGUGUCUCUCCUUCUCCUUUCUCUUCUCUCUUGCGUCUUUGUAUUGGCUCCUCACUUCUUUGGUUCUUCCUCUACCUUCUCUCUCUCAUAUUCACCUCGUGAUGAAACUGAAGAACUUUCUUCUGAUUUGAGUGUAAAAACUCCAUUUUCUCUUGACUCUAAUGGAACUAUAUUUUGUGAUAGAAGCGGUUACCGUUCUGAUUUUUGUAUCAUGAAAGGGGAUGUACGGACACACUCAGGCUCCUCUUCGGUUUUUGUGUAUGGCUCCAGAGACACUAGCAGCUACAUGGAUUUUGUUUCCACCAUUGUUGAGGAAGGAGGAGAAGAAGAAAAACGUGGAGAGCUUCAGCAUGAAAAGGUCAAACCUUAUACCAGAAAAUGGGAAACCAGUGUUAUGGACACCAUUGAUGAAAUAGACCUUAUUUCAAGGAAACCCUCUGCUAAAAAGGACCAUCAGUGUGAUGUGAACCAUGAUGUUCCAGCGGUGUUUUUCUCAACAGGUGGCUAUACAGGGAAUGUUUAUCACGAAUUCAAUGAUGGGAUUUUGCCAUUGUUCAUUACUUCAAAGCAUUUCAACAAGAAAGUUGUGUUUGUUAUCUCUGAGUAUCAUAAUUGGUGGGUUACAAAGUAUGGAGAUGUUCUUUCCCAGCUCUCUGAUUACCCUCCAAUAGAUUUUAAGGGAGAUUUGAGGACCCAUUGCUUCCCAGAAGCCAUUGUUGGCCUCAAGAUCCAUGGUGAUCUCACUGUGGACCCUUCGUUGAUGGAAGAGAACAAGAGCGUUGUUGACUUUCGAAACGUCCUCGACAGAGCUUACUGGCCUAGGAUUGAAGGUCUAAUUCAAGAUGAAGAAAGGGAAGCACAGGAGAAGCUUGCUCAAUCUCCAUCAGAAACAUUGCCAAAGAUUAAGCAGAGAGUGUCAAAAGACAGAUUGCGCAAGCCUAGGCUGCUGAUCUUAGCUCGAACCGGUUCGAGAAUGAUAACAAACCAGGAUAUGGUGGCGACAAUGGCCGAGAAGAUGGGGUUUGAAGUUGUGAUUCUGAGUCCAGACAGAACAACAGAGUUGGCCAAGAUUUAUCGAGCUCUCAAUUCGAGUGAUGUGAUGAUUGGAGUCCACGGUGCAGCCAUGACACACUUCCUGUUCAUGAAGCCUGGCUCAGUGUUCAUCCAAGUUGUUCCUCUUGGAACUGUUUGGGCUGCAGAGACUUACUAUGGUGAACCUUCAAGAAAGCUUGGAUUGGAGUAUAUUGGGUACAAAAUCCAUGCCACAGAGAGCUCAUUAUAUGACAAGUAUGAUGAAAAUGACCCUGUUCUUAAAAAUCCAAAUAGUGUCACCAAAAAGGGGUGGCAAUACACAAAAAGUAUCUAUCUUGAUGGCCAAAAUGUGAGACUUGAUCUCACAAGAUUCAGAAAGCAUUUGAUGCAUGCUUAUAAAUACUCGGUCUCUAGGAUAACAAGGAAGAGCAGCAAUCGACAUUUCCAGUCACAGUAAAUUUUUCAUUGUUCUGAUCACAUCUGAUUUGAACAAUAUAUUCUUUUACCCUUUACACAGUUCUAAUGGUUGAUAUGAUUAUUUGUGGGGUUGUAGAUUUGUGGACAUAAAGAUAAAAUUGGGGGAUAGGGAGAAAAUUGUUUGUACUUAUGUAGAAAUUCAUGGUCGGAUUAUAUGUAAAACCUUUUGUAAAUUCAGCAUCAUUCAAAAUCAUAAAUAAUAACAUCCUGUACUUUUUGGUAA